CAUGCCCUAAAUCUGCAUUCCGACAUGUGCGCGGGUUUGCCGGCAUAAUCGCGAGCGCAAGUGCGGAGCGCCUUAAGCCCAAAACCUGCCGAAAGUGCUUAUUGUCGCUUUGUCGGAGCAGAUAAUGUGCAGAUUGUCAGUUGUGAACCCACGCGGAUCGGUGUUCAACGGGUUAAACACCUCGCCCCUACAAGUUAUUUCCCGCGGGGUGAUGAGCCAAACGUCGAUGAGGACGCAGUCCUUGGAGAAUGCAACCGAACAGAGGAAUAAGAAUCCGUGUUAUAAGGAACAGAAAUUGAGUAUGAAGUGCCUAGAGGACAACGGUUACGACUAUGACAAAUGUCAGCACCACUUCGAUAACUUCAAAACCUGCAAAGGCUUUUGGAAACACCAGCAGAUUGUGGGUGUUUUCAGCUGGCCAUUUCCAAGGACAGAAGAAAGAAAAACAUACAUCCUGCAAUGCCGCCUCCCGAGGAACGCGAGACCAUCAAGCAGGAGUACCUAAAGCAACAAGCACAGAGACGACGAAUCAGUGGACAGCCAAGCAGCUAGCUGUUUAUUUUUUUUGGCUAACUAGCGGUUGACCCAUCGGUGCACAGUCUCCUCCCAGUCGGUGUUGGCCGCCUCCUCCUCAUCUUCAGUGCGGACGUAGCUGUCAUCAUCGGUGGUUCCUGGCUGGAGGCAGCUGGGCGACAGCUCCUGCAGGCAUGGCAACUGUCUUGCAAUGACCAGAUGGUGCCUAAACUGUGUUGCAACAUAAGCACCAAGCAGAACGACCUUGGCUCAGAGGGCCAAGGUCAUUAAUCGACAUACUGAAAGCUGCAGGGUGUGCUGACGAUAUUGCUGUAUUAAGCUUACUGUAGAUAAUUUUCAAAUGGGUACGGCUAUGAAAAUUCAAUAAAUGCAGCAAAAUGAUAAGCAAGCCUUAUGGUCUAGUCCUUCAAUAAAGAGCGAACAAGCCACACAACUUGUACCAUA